AUGCACGGGCACAGUUUCACGGGCACGGCGCCGCGGUCCGACCGGCACGCGGCCCCUCCGUCGUCGCCGCGGCCGCGUGUGCACGAAACCGUACGCUCGGCUGUGGUUUCGCUAGAUACCCGACCCGGCCCGGGUGCCUACGACUCGCACGGCUGGGGCGCCCGUCCGACGCCGACUAGGAAGAGAUUAUCCCGGUCGAUGCACGGCACAGUUUCACGGGCACGGCGCCGCGGUCCGACCGGCACGCGGCCCCUCCGUCGUCGCCGCGGCCGCGUGUGCACGAAACCGUACGCUCGGCCGUGGUUUCGCUGGAUACCCGACCCGGACCGAGUGGCUACGACUCGCACGGCUGGGGCGCCCGUCCGACGCCGACUAGGAAGAGAUUAUCCCGGUCGAUGCACGGCACAGUUUCACGGGCACGGCGCCGCGGUCCGACCGGCACGCGGCCCUCCGUCGUCGCCGCGGCCCGUGUGCACGAAACCGUACGCUCGGCUGUGGUUUCGCUAG